CUUGUCAAAAAAUGUUCAAUCAAUAAGUCACAAAUUUUAUAGCAAUUAAUUUUAGAAAUUCUCUCUUUCUCAAAAUUUUAGUGUAAAGUCCUGGUUACUUUUUAAAAGAAAAAUUCAAAAUGGACGAUUGUUAUUGUGGACCGGGACCAUCAAGAAGAGUUCCUCGUAUGGGAGCAAGCAGUUAUGGCUCUAGAGCUCCACCACCAUAUGACAGGCCUUUGCCACUAUCCAUGCCCACUGCUCCACGUCCUAGGAGCCCCCCUAGAAUGCCCACCACAGUUCCAGGUCACGUCAGACAAGGAGGAUACAACCCAGAUGAGACAAUCACCAAUAUCCUGGAUCAAACAAUAAGAGGAGACUCCACUAUACUCAGAGCCCCACAGCCAGAAAGGUUAGAAGAAACUUUGGACGAACUCAACAAGCUAGAAUACAUCGAACGUCAAAAUGUCGAAGACGAUCUUAGAGAGUUUCAGAAAAACCGCAGAAAACUUGUUUUCAAUGUUGUUUCUCUUCAGUUAUCCAAGACCAAGAAAAGUCUCCACAAAGCCGCAAAGAAACUGGGUCUUAAGUGAUUCCUAAAAAAUAUGUGCAAAUGUAACAAGUCUAAUAAAAGUUCAGAUUUUCCACAAUAGAUGUCGCUAAAUUUAUCAGAAUAAUUGUUAUACGAUAAAGGAUACUGUAUAAAAAACUUUAACUAUUAUCUCAUAGAUGUCGCAAUACGUAGUUAAUAAAGAGAUUCUGUAAUAG